AUGCCCUUCGUGAAAGGGGCUCGCAACUGCUUCCUCCCAGGUGAAGUGACUUCAACCCCCCAGGUGUCGCACCUGGCACCUCACUGGCAGGGAGAGUUGGGCUACCUGGGCUACCGGGGCUAUCUGGGCUACCGGGGCUAUCUGGGCUACCGAGGCUAUCUGGGCUACCGGGGCUAUCUGGGCUACCGGGGCUAUCUGGGCUACCGGGGCUAUCUGGGCUAUCAGGGCUAUCUGGGCUACCGGGGCUAUCUGGGCUACCGGGGCUAUCUGGGCUAUCGGGGCUAUCUGGGCUAUCUGGGAAAAGAAGCCGUGGAGGCAGCAGGUGAUUUUGAAAUGGAGCAAGGAGGAGAGCGGGAGGCGAAGUCUGGAGAAGAAGCGGAGGAGGUGCUAGCAGUGGAGGAGAAGAAGAAGAAGAAGAAGAAGAAGAAGAAGAAGAAGAAGAAGAAGAAGAAGAAGAAGAAGAAGAAGAAGAAGAAGAAGAAGAAGAAGAAGAAGAAGAAGAAGAAGAAGAAGAAGAAGAAGAAGAAGAAGAAGAAGAAGGAGGAGGAGGAGGAGGAGGAGGAGGAGGAGGAGGAGGAGGAGGAGGAGGAGGAGGAGGAGGAGGAGGAGGAGGUUGAGAAGGAGGGGAGGAAGGGAAGGACCAAGAGGAAUCCGGCUGGGCACUGGCAGAAUGGCAUGAAGGAACAGGGGGGCUGCAAAAAAGCUUAUUCUGCUGCUGCUGCAGCUGCUUCCGCUGUUUCUCGGGCAGGUGAGAGCUGCCUGGGCGCUUGA